CUCUCUCUCUCUCUCUCUAUUCCCACAUCGUUAUUCCCACAUUACAUUACUUUAGAAGGAAAAAAUGGGUUUGCUCUGAGGCCCAAAAUGGAUGACGAACAACCAUCGACCACCGCCGUCUCCGGUCUCCGGCAAGCCGUGGCGCUCAUCUCCUCUUUGAUCUCCCUCUCCCUCUCGAUCAGGGUCUUCGCCGGAAAAUGGCAACUGAUUCGGAGCAGGCUGGAGGAGCUCCACUCGGGACUCGUCGCUGGUGAUGCCACGUCACUCUCCGGCGAGCUCCCGAAGAUAACGGGGACGGCGGAAGAGUGCCGCGAGCUGGCGCGGCGGUGCGUGGAUCUGUCCUACAGCGGGAAGCUUCUGAUGCAGAGCGACUUGGACGUGACGUUGGGGAAGUUGGAAUCGCACGUGAAGAAGCUCUCUGAGAUAUUCAAGAAGGGCGUGUCCAUGCAUGGCUACGCUGUGGUGGUUUCAAGGCCUGGUUUUGGAGCUUGCAAAGAUGACAUGAGGUUCUACCUGAGGGACUUGCUGACUCGGAUGAAGGUGGGUGAUUCGGGUAUGAAGAAGCAAGCGUUGAUGAACUUGCAUGAGGUGAUUGUGGAGGAUGAAAAGUACGUGAAGUUGGUUGUUGAGGUUUCUGAGUUUGUCCAUGUGUUGGUGGAUUUCCUAGGAUCUCUCGAGGUUGAGGUUGUUGAAGAGGCUGCCAAGGUUGUUUCUGUUGUUGUGGGGUUUGACUCUCACAAAGGGGUUUUGGUUGGUGCUGGUGUUAUUGCCCCUUUGAUUAGGGUUUUGGAAUGUGGGAGUGAGGUGGGGAAGGUUGGUGCUGCGAGAUGUUUGCAAAGGUUGACCGAGAAUUCUGAUAAUGCGUGGUGUGUUUCGGCUCAUGGGGGUGUCACUGCCUUGUUGAGGGUUUGUGAAAGUGAGGAGCUUUGUAAAGGGGAAUUGGUUGGUCCUUCUUGUGGGGUGUUGAGGAAUCUUUGUGGUGUUGAGGAAAUCAAGAGGUUUAUGGUUGAGGAUGGUGUGGUUUCAACUUUUGUGCGGCUUGUGAGGUCAAGGGAUGAAGUUGUUCAGGUGAGUUCUAUUGAGUUGAUUCAAAGCAUUGCCUCCGGUGAUGAGUUGGUUAGGCAGAUGGUGAUUAGAGAAGGAGGGGUUCGUGUUCUUUUUCGUGUUUUGGAUCCUAAGUUGACUUGUUCGUCUAAAACAAGAGAGGUUGUGAUGAGGGCCAUUGAGAAUUUGUUUUUUUCAUCGCCUAGUUGCGUAAGUGUUUUGAUGAGUUAUGGCUUUGUGGAUCAAUUGAUGUAUUAUGUUCGAAAUGGGGAGGUUUCGAUUCAAGAGUUGGCUUUGAAGGUGGCGUUUAGAUUGUGUGAGAAAUCUGAGGAGGCUAAGAAGGCUUUGGGUGAUGCAGGCUUCAUGGCUGAGCUUGUCAAGUUUCUAAAUGCGAAAUCAUAUGAAGUUCGUGAAAUGGCAGCAGAGGCUUUGUCUGGCAUGGUUAUGGUGGCAAAAAAUAGGAAGAGGUUUGUGCAGGAUGAUCAAAACAUUGCUCUUCUUCUGCAGUUGCUGGAUCCAGGGGAGAGUAAUUCGGGUAAUAAGAAGUUGCUGAUCUCUAUCUUGAUGUCACUAACAAGUUGCAACAGUGGGAGGAAAAAAAUUGUGAGUUCUGGGUAUGCCAAAAACAUAGAGAGGUUUGCAGAAGCUGAGGUUUCUUCUGAUGCCAAGAGGCUUGUGAGGAAGCUAUCCGCAAACCGGUUCCGCAGUAUGUUGAGUGGAAUUUGGCACUCUUGAAUGUAAUUCUUUUUUUUAUUUUUAUUUUUCACCUUUUAACUGUAAAUUUUUACAUAAUUGUCUUCCAAGUUUUGCUAAUUUGAUUUCCUCAUCUCAAUUUGUUCUUCUUUUUUUUUUUUUUUUUUUUUUUUUUUUUUUUUUUCAUUUGCCUUGUUCAUGACAAGAGUAGCUCAGCAUUCUUAUUGAGAUUGUAACAAGAAAUAGUGAUAACAUGAAAGCUUUGUUGUAGAUUUUUUUGGGAAUAUAAUAUGGCAUUGUUUUUA